GAUUUUCAUGUCAUUCGAGUAAGAUCUGGAAAAGAAACAUCAUUGCACAGCGGACAAAAAGGAUUUGGGAGUGAUUUUUUUACCAUCCAUCACUCGAACUUUAAGAACGGAGUAGUUGAAAGAGUCCCCAAAUAAAAAAAUACCAUCCAAACACCAAGAAAAACAGAAAAAAAACUAUUAAAGAAGCUAACAAAAAAUCGGUGAAAAAGAACUUUUGUUUGUGAGAAAGAUAAUUUUUGACUUCAAAAGUGUAAAAAAAGGAAGAAAAAAGACGAUUUUUGUCAGCUUUUUUUGAUACAAAGAAUUUGAAGUAAAAACCAACAAGAAAGUAAAAAUGGAAGACUCCAAGCUCCAAGAGCAGCAGCAACAACAACCACCCCAAGACUCCCCACAAGGUGAUGCUGCUCAACAAAAGCAGCCACUGCCUGCUAAAGAAGUUAUUGCUACCAAAGUAACCGGUACCGUUAAAUGGUUCAACGUCAAGAGUGGUUAUGGUUUCAUUAACCGCGACGACACUAAAGAAGAUGUGUUCGUCCACCAGAGUGCUAUUGUCAAAAACAAUCCCAAAAAGGCAGUACGUUCUGUAGGAGACGGUGAAGUGGUUGAAUUCGAUGUUGUUAUUGGCGAAAAAGGCAAUGAGGCUGCCAAUGUGACUGGUCCUUCGGGCGAGCCAGUGCGCGGCAGUCAAUUCGCGGCUGAUAGACGUCGCAAUCUACCAUGGAUGAGAAGAAACCGUCGCAAGCAAGGAGGCGGUGGUGGCGGUAAUCCACAACAGCUACAAGAGGGUCAGGGACAAGAUCAGCAAGGUGAUGACCAAGGUCACGAUGGUGACCACGACCAACCGCAAAGACAGCAGCGCAAUUUCAGGCGAGGUGGCGGCGGCGGCGGUCCUGGUGUCAGAGGAGGUCGCGGCCGACGCUUUAGAAGCUACUAUCCCCGCAAUCAGCCCAGACGUCCAGUUGAUGGAGGUAUGGGUGGCGAUGGUGGCCACGAUCAGAACGCUGACUCUAAUCAAAGGGGCGGCGAUGGUCAAGGUGGCCAACCAAUGCGUCGCGGUGGUCCACCAAGACGUUUCUUCCGUCGCAAUUUUAACAAUCGCGGUGGCGGCGGUCCCCGUGGACCACCACGUAAUGACGGUAAUGGACAACAAGGUGGCGGUCCUCCACGUAACAAUCGUCCACGUCGUAAUACCAACAACAGCAACAGUAACAACAACAACAACAGAAAACCCAACAAUGCUGGAGGACAAAAUAAUCAACAGCAACAGAAUGUUGGCCAGGAAGUUAAAAAUACCACUACAGAAAGCAGCGCUUAAAACAUAGUAAGCCCGGCGUGGUAACAGGUAACAUUUAGUGGUGGUACAGACAACAACAACAGCAAGAACAGCAACAAUAUAAACAACAUUUAAAAGCCAACAAAAAAAAUUUAUUAUUUUUUAUAUAUAAAAAUCUAUUUUAAUUAGAAAUUUUGUCUAAAACCAAAACAUGUCUAAAAUUACCUUAAUUUGUUUUUUAAAAUCAACAACAACACACAACUCCCUUUAUUUUUGUAUUUGUGCUUAUUACUAUAUUUAAGUGUUUUAAUUUUUCAACAAAAUUCAUUAAGCUUUUCUUUCUCGAAUCACAUUAAAUAUAUUUUUCUAUUUUAAACUAUAAAAGUAUUAUUAACAACGCCUGUGUGUGUAUAUUUCAAAGUAUAUAUGCCUAAUUUUGUAUUCUUUUAUAUUUUAAAUUACAAAAAUGUAUAUUAUUACUAUACAUACAUAUAUAUAUUGAUUUAUAUAUAUUUAUAUUUUUUAAAGUUUUGUUUAAUGAAUUUUCCAUUGCUAAAAAGCAAGACACUUUUUUAUAAAACAGCAUCAUAACAUCAUUAUUGUUUUAUACACUACUAAAAAAAAUUUGUUCAACAUCAUUAUUUUUUUUAUUUGGAAAAUUUUUGAAAACCUUACUUGAAUCAUUAUAAUUCAUAAAAAAAACCAAAAUUUUCAUUUGUUUUCUAAAUUUUCCUUAUAUUUUUUUACAUUUUUCUUUAUUUUUUUCAAAAAUUAUUCUGUAACAUUUUUAUAUUUAACAUAAUAAAUAUUGUAUAUUUUUUUCUUAUUAGAUAUUUUGCUUGUUAAAUUUAAAUUUUGAGUAAUUUUUAUUAAGAUAUUUUUUUGUUUGUAUGCCAAAUAACUUUUUUUUAUUAUUAUUAUUUAAACAAAAACAAACAUAAUACGAUGAAAACUCCAUACAAAUCAUGUCUGUACAACUCUAGAUAUACAAUAUUUCAAAGAAGAAAAAAAUACAACAAAUAUUUAAUAAAUUUUUGAAGAAAUUAAAAAA